UCGACUUGUUUUCAUCGCUUUUCAAUAGCAAAAGCCUAUCUAUUAUUCAUGAUUUACAUCCGCUAAAUAAUUAAGCCGUUCUACUAUCCAUAAUGGAUCAGUACGACACAUCCCAGCUUACGGAGUUUCCGCGCUUCGAGCCCGAAUCAUCCCAGAGCGGGGUAUCAACGUUCUUUAACAAAUUGUGGAAGUUUCCGAUCUUCUCGCCCAGCGAGACGGGCGAGAGUCAGAACAAAGCCGUGGGAGACGGUAAAGAGGGGUCUCCGCAGGACGAGGAUGUGAACAAGCAGGAGUACGAUGAUAAACCGGAACAGGCGAGCUACGCGGUCGAAUUUGAAGGACGAAGUUUGCAGAAUGUUUUGAGAAGGAUCAGCAGUCUUGUUGCUUUGGGGUCUAGCAGUGGUACGAAGUACUCGGACACGGAGCUGGCGCGCUACUGGAUGCCCGACGACAUAUCUCGUGAAUGCUACGAGUGCGCGGCGCGGUUCGGAACGCUGCGGCGGCGGCAUCACUGUCGCGUGUGCGGACAGGUGUUCUGUGGGCGCUGCUGCUCUCAGCGAGUGCCAGGGCAGAUAUUUGGAUGCGCGGGCGGGCUCCGCGUGUGCAACUACUGUUGUAAUGUGGUGCUGAGCUACCUCCGAGAGAACGAGGCGGGCGAGAUCUCGCCGGACCUCCGCUCUCUUCAGGAAAGUCUACAGGCCAAGUUCCCGGACAACAAGGCGAACGCGAAGACCCGCGACAACUACAUGUUCGCGCGCGAGGAGGAGCGAACCGGGGCCCGGGAGCCCCUGCCCGAGCUGCUGCCCGCGCUGCGCGCCGCGCUGCCGCUGCUGCAGCACAGGUACCGACUGGUGCGCUACAACGGCGUGUGGCGAGGGUCGGACAUCAUGCAGUGGAUCAUGGACAACACCGGACACAAGACCAGGGCGCAGGCUCGAGCCGUGUGCCAAGCCCUAGUGUCCGGCGGCUGGGUCACCGGAGUACCAGAGCCCGCGCCACUGUUCGCGGAGUACGCGCUGUACCGCCCCAAGCCCGCCCCCGACCCGACUGACACUGCAAGUGCAAGUGAGUGUGCGGAUGACGACACCCACACUCGGCUGGUAGAGAGCGUGUCCUCGUACUGCCUAGACCUGGAUCUGGGCGAGAGCUCGGCCAGACUCACCAAGACGCCCAAAACCAACGCUCCAGAGCCGAAGUCAUCCCCGUCGAGUGAGGAGGAGAGCCCCAACCUGGAGCACAGCGAAGGCCCUACGGAAGCCCUAUGCCCCCGCAUCGCAGCCAAGGGCCAGGAACACCUUGAACUCCUGAUGAGGCAGUGGCUAUCAGCGGAAGCCCUCAGUGCGUCAUGGCUGGAUGUGCUACUGCCGCUGUGUAUGGCGGGAGCUGAGGCCACCAUGCCAGACAUGCACAGCAGCGACAUCGACAUCCGCAACUACGUGCAGGUGAAGAAACUGCGCGACGGACACAUGCGCGACAGUUGCUUGGUGCCCGGAGUCGUGCUCACCAAGAAUGUGGCGCACAGGGGUAUGCCGCAGGAGAUUGAAAACCCGACCGUGUUGCUGCUCGACUGCUCCGUCGCGUACCAGCGGGUGGAGGGCAAGCUGACGUCGCUGGAACCAGUACUGCUGCAGGAGCGCGAGUACCUGGUGCGGUGCGCGGCGCGCAUCACGGCGCUGCGGCCGCGCGCGGUGCUGGUGCGCGGCGGCGUGGCGCGGCCCGUGCAGGACGCGCUGCGCGCCGCCGGCGUGGCGCUCGCCACCGGAGUCGGCGAGCGCGCGCUCAGGCGCGUCGCCAGGAGCGUGCGCGCCGACCUGGUGGCGUCCGUCGACGCCAGGAUCGCCGUACCGAGGCUAGGCUCCUGCAAACGGUUCGCAGUCACCUCCUACCCGAGCAAGACGCUGAUGUCGUUCGAGGGCUGCGCGGAGCCCGCGCUCGGGUGCUGCAUCCUGCUGCGCGGCGCCACCACCGCCGAGCUGGCGCGCGUCAAGCGCGUCGUCAGGUUCAUGCUGCGAGCCUGCUACAACUGGAAACUCGAGAAAGCGUUCCUCGCCGACGUGGAGGCUAUGCUCCCGGACCCCGGCGCUUUUGAUGAUGAUGUUGAUGAACACGAAGCUAAAGAUGAUAAUCAAUUUCAAGAAGAUGCAGAACAAUUUGCCACUGAUGAUAAUGUGUUUGCUGGUGUGAAUAUUGGUGAUAAAACGAUUGAUGAUGGUGAUGAUGUUUUAGCUAGUGGGAAUAAAGCAGCGAAAGAGAGCAGAGUUUCAUUUGCUGAUGAUAAAAUUAUGGUUACUGAUGAGAAAGUGUCUACUACCAAACAUAUUACAUAUAAUAAAGUGUCAGCAUCUGCUAAUAAAGCAAUAAUUAGUAAUGAUAAUACGCCAGAAGACAAAAAAAUUGCCACAGAUGAAAAAGAUGCAACUGAUAAUAAAAGUAAUAAAGUAUCAGUCAGCGAUGAAAACAUUCCACCUUUAGAUGAAAAAGUCUUAGCUACAGAUGAUAAAAAGUCAACUGUCAAAGAUGACACAACUAAUAAAGAUUCAGCUUUUGAUGAUAAAGUAAAUACUGAAGAAAACGUGCCAUCCUCUAAUGUCGUAGAUGACCCGCUUCAAGCCAAGUUCAGUCGGUCGGAGAGCGAGCGAGCGAGCGGAGUGCCCAUUAGAGACUUCAGCGACCCGCUGCGCGCCGCUGUUGAUGAUGAUGUGUUUCUAGCGGAGGACAGUCUACAGGCGGACACGCAUGCUGACAGAUGGUCGACCGACGACACGGUGCUGUCCAUGUCUCCGAACGUGAUCAUUCCGCCGCCGUACCUGGACACGGAGGCGGGGCGGCGCUGCCCGCUGCGGCGCUACCUGCCCCGCCCCCCGCCCCCUCGCCCCAGGCCCCGCCCCCCGACCACGCCCCGCGCCGCGCGCAGGCACAGCCGCCCCAGGCACAGCGUCAUGGACCUCAAGGAGCGGCACCCGUUCGUGACGCAGCCGAUCGCCGCGACGGCGGAAGACCCGGCGCUGAGGGCGGCGCUCGCGCACUACCGCGCCACCGGCUGCCAGCUCGGAGACACACACACCACGGAGUGCCCGAUGUACAAGCCGUCGGUGGUGAAGCGCGCCGGCCCGCCCGGGCCCGGGCCCGCGGCCGCGCCGGCGCCCGCGCGCGACCCGCUGAGCCCGGAGCAGCACCAGCAGCUGAGCGUGCUGCUCUACAGCUACAGCUCCAAGUCGCCCAACGUGCCGGACUUCUGCGUCAACCCCUGGAUAGUGACAAUGGAGAUGUACGGCCGGAACGACAUCACGCUGGGGGCUUUCCUGGACAAGUACUGUUUCAACAGCGACUCCAAGUGCCCCUCCGGAGGGUGCUCCGUGCCGGUCAACCAACAUGUCCGCAGGUUCGUGCACGGCGACGCGUGCCUCACGGUCACCUGCAACAUCAUUCAGCACAGCGCCGUCGACAAGCACAAGGAGGAACACGGCAGACAGGUGAUGUUCUGGUCGCGCUGCGAGCAGUGCGGCGCGAGCGGGCGAGCGAGACGGCUGUCCCUCGCGGCGCUGUCCCUGUCUCUGGCGGUGUACCUGCGCGUGCGCGCGUCCGCGGCGCGGCCGGCGGCGCGCGCGUGCCGGCACCCGCUGCACGCGCACGCGCACGUGUUCGCGCGCCGCGAGGCCGCGGCAUGCUGCAGAUACAUGAAGAUAACUCCGUACGAGAUCGAGCUGCCUCCCGACACGAUCUCCACGCACUACGACACGAAGGCCAUGCGCGAGGCGCUCAUCGCGCAACUCAACGAACUAGUUCUCAAAGGCCACGAGACGUUGAGCGUGGUGGCGGAGGCGGGGGCGGAGCAGGACUACCAGGCGUUCAAGCACCACACCGAGCAGAUCUCGCUCGCACUCACACACAUCUCGCUCGCACUCACACACGCCAAGGAGAACACCACCGCGGCCGGUAUGACGCCACGAGACGCCGAGCGUGGUGGCGGGGGCGGGGCCGAGCAGUACUACCAGGCGUUCAAGCACCACACCGAGCAGAUCUCGCUCGCACUCACACACGCCAAGGAGAACACCACCACGGCCGGUGUAAUCCGCUCGCUGUGGCGCGUGUCGGACGCGCUGAUCUCGGGCGAGCGCAUGCUGCGGGACGCGCAGGACGCGUGGGCCUCGCCCCCGCCCAAGCCCGCCAAGCCUCUCGACGCCACCGUGGAAGAGAAAUCAGACUUGGAAGAGUCGACCGGAGAAAGCGAAAACUCAGGCACCACUUAUGUGUUCGCAGAGGGGCCCCGCGAGCCCCGGGACGAGAAGGACCACGCUGGUGGCGAGGAAGACGAGGAGAAGGGAGACAAGAAGACGGUGCGGCAGAUCCUGUCGCAGCUGCUGUCCAACAAGGAGGCCUCCCAUCAGCACGGGAUCAUAAUCCCGCACGGUCUGGUGCCGGUGGUGGUGCACGUCGGCGGAGUGGGCUCCGUGGUCGCGGCCGCGCUCGCCUCCGUCACCUACCACCGCUCGCUGCGACUGCAGAGGCACAGCACCCAGUCGGAGGCCGACGAAGCUGAAGCCGGUGCAGGAAAGGACCGGGUCGACGGCGACAAGAGUAAGGCCAAGUCCAACGACCACAUCGAGGUCCUACUUAAGGAUGGGCUGCUGUGCCGCAUCUACUACGCGCCGCAGUUCCACCGGCUCCGGCACGCGCUGCUCGCGGCGCUCGACGACCGCGACCAGCCGCGCCUCGGCGACGCGCGCUGCUGCGACGACCUCAAGGACAAAGUUGGUCAGGAUGGGCUGCUGUGCCGCAUCUACUACGCGCCGCAGUUCCACCGGCUCCGGCACGCGCUGCUCGCGGUGCUCGACGACCGCGACCAGCCGCGCCUCGUUGGUCAGGAUGGGCUGCUGUGCCGCAUCUACUACGCGCCGCAGUUCCACCGGCUCCGGCACGCGCUGCUCGCGGCGCUCGACGACCGCGACCAGCCGCGCCUCGGCGACGCGCGCUGCUGCGACGACCUCAAGGACAAAGUUGGUCAGGAUGGGCUGCUGUGCCGCAUCUACUACGCGCCGCAGUUCCACCGGCUCCGGCACGCGCUGCUCGCGGCGCUCGACGACCGCGACCAGCCGCGCCUCGGCGACGAUGGGCUGCUGUGCCGCAUCUACUACGCGCCGCAGUUCCACCGGCUCCGGCACGCGCUGCUCGCGGCGCUCGACGACCGCGACCAGCCGCGCCUCGGCGACGCGCGCUGCUGCGACGACCUCAAGGACAAAGUUGGUCAGGAUGGGCUGCUGUGCCGCAUCUACUACGCGCCGCAGUUCCACCGGCUCCGGCACGCGCUGCUCGCGGCGCUCGACGACCGCGACCAGCCGCGCCUCGGCGACGCGCGCUGCUGCGACGACCUCAAGGACAAAGUUGGUCAGGAUGGGCUGCUGUGCCGCAUCUACUACGCGCCGCAGUUCCACCGGCUCCGGCACGCGCUGCUCGCGGCGCUCGACGACCGCGACCAGCCGCGCCUCGGCGACGCGCGCUGCUGCGACGACCUCAAGGACAAAGUUGGUCAGGAUGGGCUGCUGUGCCGCAUCUACUACGCGCCGCAGUUCCACCGGCUCCGGCACGCGCUGCUCGCGGCGCUCGACGACCGCGACCAGCCGCGCCUCGGCGACGCGCGCUGCUGCGACGACCUCAAGGACAAAGUUGGUCAGGAUGGGCUGCUGUGCCGCAUCUACUACGCGCCGCAGUUCCACCGGCUCCGGCACGCGCUGCUCGCGGCGCUCGACGACCGCGACCAGCCGCGCCUCGGCGACGAUGGGCUGCUGUGCCGCAUCUACUACGCGCCGCAGUUCCACCGGCUCCGGCACGCGCUGCUCGCGGCGCUCGACGACCGCGACCAGCCGCGCCUCGGCGACGCGCGCUGCUGCGACGACCUCAAGGACAAAGUUGGUCAGGAUGGGCUGCUGUGCCGCAUCUACUACGCGCCGCAGUUCCACCGGCUCCGGCACGCGCUGCUCGCGGCGCUCGACGACCGCGACCAGCCGCGCCUCGGCGACGCGCGCUGCUGCGACGACCUCAAGGACAAAGUUGGUCAGGAUGGGCUGCUGUGCCGCAUCUACUACGCGCCGCAGUUCCACCGGCUCCGGCACGCGCUGCUCGCGGCGCUCGACGACCGCGACCAGCCGCGCCUCGGCGACGCGCGCUGCUGCGACGACCUCAAGGACAAAGUUGGUCAGGAUGGGCUGCUGUGCCGCAUCUACUACGCGCCGCAGUUCCACCGGCUCCGGCACGCGCUGCUCGCGGCGCUCGACGACCGCGACCAGCCGCGCCUCGGCGACGAUGGGCUGCUGUGCCGCAUCUACUACGCGCCGCAGUUCCACCGGCUCCGGCACGCGCUGCUCGCGGCGCUCGACGACCGCGACCAGCCGCGCCUCGGCGACGCGCGCUGCUGCGACGACCUCAAGGACAAAGUUGGUCAGGAUGGGCUGCUGUGCCGCAUCUACUACGCGCCGCAGUUCCACCGGCUCCGGCACGCGCUGCUCGCGGCGCUCGACGACCGCGACCAGCCGCGCCUCGGCGACGCGCGCUGCUGCGACGACCUCAAGGACAAAGUUGGUCAGGAUGGGCUGCUGUGCCGCAUCUACUACGCGCCGCAGUUCCACCGGCUCCGGCACGCGCUGCUCGCGGCGCUCGACGACCGCGACCAGCCGCGCCUCGGCGACGCGCGCUGCUGCGACGACCUCAAGGACAAAGUUGGUCAGGAUGGGCUGCUGUGCCGCAUCUACUACGCGCCGCAGUUCCACCGGCUCCGGCACGCGCUGCUCGCGGCGCUCGACGACCGCGACCAGCCGCGCCUCGGCGACGCGCGCUGCUGCGACGACCUCAAGGACAAAGUUGGUCAGGAUGGGCUGCUGUGCCGCAUCUACUACGCGCCGCAGUUCCACCGGCUCCGGCACGCGCUGCUCGCGGCGCUCGACGACCGCGACCAGCCGCGCCUCGGCGACGCGCGCUGCUGCGACGACCUCAAGGACAAAGUUGGUCAGGAUGGGCUGCUGUGCCGCAUCUACUACGCGCCGCAGUUCCACCGGCUCCGGCACGCGCUGCUCGCGGCGCUCGACGACCGCGACCAGCCGCGCCUCGGCGACGCGCGCUGCUGCGACGACCUCAAGGACAAAGUUGGUCAGGAUGGGCUGCUGUGCCGCAUCUACUACGCGCCGCAGUUCCACCGGCUCCGGCACGCGCUGCUCGCGGCGCUCGACGACCGCGACCAGCCGCGCCUCGGCGACGCGCGCUGCUGCGACGACCUCAAGGACAAAGUUGGUCAGGAUGGGCUGCUGUGCCGCAUCUACUACGCGCCGCAGUUCCACCGGCUCCGGCACGCGCUGCUCGCGGCGCUCGACGACCGCGACCAGCCGCGCCUCGGCGACGCGCGCUGCUGCGACGACCUCAAGGACAAAGACAAAAGUCUGUGCGAUAUCGAAGAGGGUUUCAUCCGUUCGCUGGCGCACUGCGUGCCCUGGGCGGCCAAGGGCGGGAAAUCAGGAUCCACGUUCUGCAAAACCAAAGAUGACCGCUACGUUCUGAAAGAGAUGACGAAGCCGGAGUGGACGCAGUUCCUGGAGUUCGCGCCGCACUACUUCAGCUACAUCACCAGCUGUCGCAGCCAACAGCUGCCCAGCCUAUUAGCCCGCAUCGUGGGCGUGUACUCUGUGGGCGGGGCCGGGAACGGCGUGCUGGUGAUGGAGAACGUGUGGUACCGGCGCGCCGGCGCGCGCUUCGACCUCAAGGGCUCCUCGCGGCACCGCCUCGCGCAGCCCGCGCCGCUCGCCGUGCUGCUCGACGAGAACCUGCUGCAGCUGCGUUGGCAGCAGCAGCUGGUCGUGGCGUCGCACACCGGGCGGGUUCUGUUCUCGUGCAUCGACCGCGACACCGAGUUCCUGGCCUCAAACUCCGUCAUGGACUACUCGCUGUUGCUGGGUAUCGAUGGACAGAAGCUGGUGCUAGGAAUUAUUGACUACAUCCGCACAUUCACAUGGGACAAGAAGCUGGAGCACCUGGUGAAGAAGAACCUCGGUUCGGGUCAGCCCACCGUGGUCUCCCCCGACGAGUACAAGUCCCGCUUCCGCAAGGCCAGCCGCAAGUACUUCUUGCGCGCGCCCUCGCCCUGGGACCACCUGCUGUAGA